GGGACGAGCGUAAGUGAAACCGGCCGUAGCAGCGUCCGCGCGGAUCACGAAUAUGAUCCCGACGACGAGGAUAAUCGCGCUCCUGGAGCUGGGACUGGCCGUUACGGUGCAGCUGGGCUUCGCCUGGGCCUACAACGCCGCCGAUUACAAGGAUCCGCAUUACACCGAGGGCCGCACUACCAUGGUUCAUCUGUUCGAAUGGAAGUUCAAGGACAUCGGCCUCGAGUGCGAACGCUUUUUGGGCCCGAUGGGAUACGCCGGCGUGCAGGUCUCCCCGAUCAGCGAGAAUGGCAUAGUCACGGGUCGGCCGUGGUUCGAGCGGUACCAGCCCAUCUCUUACAGAAUUAUUAGUCGCUCCGGCACCGAGGAUGACUUCAAGGUGAUGGUAAGCCGCUGCAACGCCGUUGGUGUGCGGAUAUACGUUGACCUGGUCUCCAAUCAUAUGACAACCGACCUGGAACCGGCGCUCGGCGUCGGCGGCUCGACGGCGGAGCCGCGGAUUCUCAUUUACUCGGCGGUAGCUUACGGCCCGGACGACUUCCAUCCCAUGUGCACGAUCACUAAUUACGGGGAUGUCGAUCAGGUGCGCAAUUGCAGUCUCAACGGCCUCCACGAUCUCGAUCACAGCAAGGAUCACGUGAGGGACAAAAUUGUGGAGUUUGUCAAUCGGGUCAUCGAUCACGGCAUCGCCGGCAUUAGGAUCGAUGCAGCCAAACACAUGUGGCCCAACGAUCUCAAGGUCAUCUAUGGACGAUUGAAGAACUUACGAGAAGACAUUUUCGGCCCGGAUACCCGACCCUUCAUCUAUCAGGAGGUUAUCGACUUGGACAGAGGCGAAGGAUCCAACAAGUGGCAAUAUAACAACCUCGGGAUAGUGAUGGAGUUCAUCUACGGAAGCAUAAUUGAGACUUGUUUUCAUGGCUGGUUGCCGCUGAGUAGCCUCGAAAACGUGGAAUUAUUAAGCCGGGACCUGAUGUUGCCCGUCGACGCUCUGGUCAUGCUCGAUAAUCAUGACAGUCAGCGGUCGGACAGCAGCACUUUGACUUACAAAAAUGGCAAGAUUUAUAAGAUGGCCUUGGCUUUUCUGCUGGCCCAUCCCUACGGGCACACGUGCGUCAUGAGCUCGUACGCGUUCACGAACUUCUUCCAAGGGCCGCCGGCCGACUCCAUGUACAAUAUCAUCUCGCCGAAUCCCGUGGGUGAGGACCUCGACGAGGAAAUAGAGAAGUGCGACUACGGUUGGGUGUGCGAGCACCGUUGGCCCGAGGUCUACGGUAUGGUCGCCUUCCGGAAUUCCGUCCAUCGCGCGCCACUCACCAAUUGGUGGUCCAACGGCGAAAACCAAAUCGCGUUUUCCCGGGGUAAUCUUGGCUUCGUGGCGUUUAACGGCCAAUCGGACCUCGAUUUAAAAGAGGACCUGCAAACGGCACUCCCGGCUGCCGAGUACUGCGAUGUCAUUUCCGGCAGAAAAGUCGCCGGGAAAUGCACCGGCAAAACAGUCAGGGUCAAGGAUGACGGCACAGCCUACAUCGAGAUACUUAAGGACGAAAAGGACGGUGUUCUCGCGAUCCAUGCGCAGACAAAGCUGUAG